AUGUCAGCAUACGACAAUGUUAUUGGUGGGAAGCUAAAGCUAAAAGGGAAGGCUCUAGAUGUGAAAGCAGGUGGAGUAAAGAAGAAGAAGAAACAAAAGAAACACGAAGAACAAGCUCUCAAAAUCACCGAACAUGAUCUCGUAGAAGGAGAAAGCGCAGAAGCGUUGGGUAAAUUGAUCGAAGGAGAUGACAGAGAAGAAGAAGAAGAAGCGGAUAGGGGUGAAAAGGCGAGGGAGGAUUCGCUAGCGCAGCCCGACGAUGACCUCUUGACGCCUGCAGAGAGACGGUACAUAGAGCAGAAGCAGAGGUUGGAUGUGCAGAAGCUAGCUAAGGAAGCAAACAAGUCUCACCGUAACAGGAUUGAGGACUUCAAUCAGUAUCUGGCUAACAUGAGUGAGCACUACGAUAUCCCUAAAGUCGGACCUGGUUAA